CAAACAACCUUUAACCCCAAGGACAGAGUGAGAGAGAGCAUGUAAUGACAAGAGACGGCUUGUUAACAGUGUGUGUGUUUUAAUGUGUGAAAGAGUGAGGCGUUAAAAGGGAGAGUGUGUGUUUGCGUUUGUUUUUUGGUGUGUGUGUGUGUGUGUUUUGCGGUCUCCAUGGUUUUCCUCAGACGGACAGCGCUCCUUCGCUACCUGCUGCUGUCGGCCACGUUGGCUCUGCUCCUCUUCAUCAGCUCCUUCUGGCUACCUCAGGGUGGAGUCAGAGACUGUGGCAGCGCCUGGCAGCCGUGUUUGAAUUUUUACCACCUAACACCUGAACCUCCAUUGGUCCCUGGGGAGUGGGCGGGACCUAAUGGAGCUUCGCCCCUCAUCCAGGAGUGUCCUGGCCAAUCGUUUCAGGCCUGGCGUCUGCUGCUGCAUUUAAAGUCCAGCCUGGCAGGUGCUGAUGACAUCCUGCUGGAGCCGUACCUGCAGAGCUGGGAUCAGCUCCUCAAUUUCAUGGAGUCUCUUGGGACGAUUGUCAGUUUAUUUUCUCAGAAGGUGAAGGAAAAGGUCGACCUGAUACGAGAGCUGUCACUCAGACACAGUAUAGAGGCUCAUGGGAAACGGCCGCUACAAACCCCAGCAUCAUUUGGACUCAAAAACGGGGCGUAUCGUUCAGUUCGAUCCAUGAUAGAGGCGGAGCUAAAAGCUGGUGUGGUCAACUUCUCCCAUCGUACAGAUUCGGGCUGCAGGACGCUUCUGCGUCUGCAUCGAUCUCUGCUGUGGUUGAAGCUGAUGUUGGAGGGUUUGGCUGAAGGACCAGACGCAGACGGACGAUUCAAAACACCUGGAGAGCUGUGCAGGGAUGCAUACAAGGUGGCGUUGGCGCCCCACCACCCCUGGGUGCUCCGCCAGGCUGCAGAGUUUGUCUUCCUCGCUCUCCCAGACAGACAGUACUUCCUGCAGCUGGUGUGUGUAAAGAGCCAAUGGGAGGCCACGCCCGUCCUGCAAGUCAUCAUCCACGCCCUGACGCUGGUGCACACGCAAACUCAGCAAAUCCUGGCCGAACACAACAUGCUGGAGCUGCCCUAACUGACGCAACUCAACACCCCGAUUGUACGUACAAAAGUUCUGUGAAGACCUUCAAGUGUCGGGAAAAGACUAGAAACCACAACUCUGGGUGUCAGACCAGUAUAACAGUAUAACACCUCUUUAAAAAGUCCACGAGGGUGUAUAAACUUUUUACAGACACUGUGGGAAUAGUUUUACACUCUGGUUUGCUACAAAAAAUUUAUAUUUAUAUUUUUCACAGAAUGUAGUUUUAUUAUGGUCACAUAUGUUGUAUAGUAACAAGCAGGGUCACUUUUUUUUUUUUUUUAACAGUGUACAUGUAUGUAAGCUGUAUGCUGUUCAUUUGGCUGCAGAAGUAAAAA